AUGAUCGCACCACGGAUCGCGUCACGCGCGGCUCGGCGGGUGCUACGUGCAAGUGGCGUUCCUCGCAUUGCUCCGUCAGCAUCCGAUCCAACUAGCUUGGUUGACGUGUCUCGCGUGGCGCCGUCAGCAGCAGAUCUGGCUGACGUGGCUGACGUGUCUCGCGUGGUUGACGUGUCUCGCAUGGCUCGCAUGCCACAGUCAGCUGCAGAUCUGGCAGGCGUACGGCCGAUUUCCGCUGCCCGUGCGUGUUCGUCCGCGUUACUGGCAUCUCCAGUACCUGCAGCCGGGAUCCUACCGUCGACUCUAAUGUCUCCGUUGACGGGGUCAACUCGGUUGGUUUCGUCAAGCCCGUUGACCCCGUUGACUCCGUUGACUCUGAUUGCUUCGUCGGGUCUGUUAGCUCCGUCUACUCGGUUGACUUUGUCGGGCCCGCUGACUCGGUUGACUCAGACGCGCGGGUCGCAGUUCGCGUCGGGGUUCUCCAUGCCGCAGCCGAAGCGCCUCGAGGAGAUCAUGUCGCUGGACGCGCUGCGAGCAUGCGCGCCCGAAGAGAUUGCCGCUACGUGGAACAACCACCAUUUGGGUCGCACGCACGUCAGCACCGUGAUUUCCGCCGCUGCUUUCGAAACGCUGCAGCACAGAGCAAGAGUGUGUCCCAUGUUUGUGCUCCCAGUGGCGAGAAGCAAGGGAUUUGUCACCAUGCUCGCACAAGCUCAGAUGCCCCACCUCCUCUUCACUGGUCUUGAAGACUUUAAGGUCCGAGGCCCCUCUGCAUCGCCCUUCUUUACAGUCACACACUACCCAGACCUAGCGGCCGAGAAAGGGGUGGUUCUGGUCCGGGGAGACGUGGUUCUGCCCAGCAAGCUGAACGAUGAGGAGGCUCAGACUCUUUUGAAAGAUCUACACUCUUUCUACACUCAGGACUCGCGCUAUCGCCAUGUUGAGGCGUUCAAUAAGCGACCUGACGAGUUUGAUUAUCGUGCUGUUGUCAGGGCACUAGGAAUCGUUGCUUCUGGAUGGUAG